AUGGUACGACAGUCUGGCCAGGUAAUACCGAGGCAGACGACCAGAGACAAGCGACAGAAUGGGGAGACAGAGCGACAUAUUCACUUGGCCAAAGACCUUCUAGACUCGAAUACUCCGAUUAACGUCGAAAACUUACUCGUAAGUACCCUUGAUCUUUUAUAGUCUUCUGUUUUUAGGACGCAUUUGUGGCCAUAUAUCAUGAUUGUAACUUGCCAAUACUCAAAAAGUUGAGGAACGUGGACCAGUUCUUACAGAAGUGUAAGUUAAUAGAUAUGUUAUCGUAUUGACUGGUAUUAAUAUAAUUGUAUUAUUUUUUACAUUUGUUUGGCUUCGUCAAUAAGUAAGUUGCAAGUUAUUGAAUGAUUUUUCAAACCAAAAAAUAGCAGCGUGAACUUAUUGACUAAAGCAAUAGUUUGCCGUUGUUAAUAUAGUACUGUUUUGUGUCGAUGUUGUUUAGUCCGUUUUGUUGUUUAGAUGAAAGUGUCGUGAGUAGUAUUACCAACCGGCGGAUGAAGGAUACGGAUUUUGAGAUGUUGAAGGUACUGGGUAGAGGAGCUUAUGGUGAAGUGCAGCUGGUCAGAAACAAGAAGGACAAACAAGUUUAUGCAAUGAAACGGUUGGAGAAAAGCGAAAUGGUGUGUAAUAUGCUGUUUUUAGUUAUUGAGGUUCUAAUAUGUUUUAGAUAUAUUGCGUUUUAAUAAGUUUUGACACUUUGGUAUACGGUAUACUGUAACAUGUUGUGGUAUAGUUUGUACCAUGAUUAGUAUAUUGUUUGUGCAAAAUUUUUAGUUUUGUAAGAUUUAUCUGUAAAAUUCUUUCAGAUUCGACGAUAUGAUUCUGCCUUCUUCUGGGAGGAACGUGACAUCAUGGCUCACGCCAAAUCAGAGUGGAUAGUUCAACUUCACUAUGCCUUCCAAGAUGCCCGCUUCUUGUACAUGGUGAUGGAGUUUAUGCCCGGAGGUGAUUUGGUGAACUUGAUCUCGAAGUACGAUAUAACAGAAGAGUGGGCCAAGUUUUAUCUGGCUGAAUUGGUGUUAGCGUUGGAUGCUAUACAUUCAUUUGGGUAUAUUCACAGAGAUGUAAAGCCAGACAACAUGUUACUGUCGCGAGCAGGGCAUGUUAAGUUGGCUGAUUUUGGAACGUGUGUCAAGUUGAAUGACGUAAGUGAAAGUUUUCGAAAUAGUUUUUACUAUAUCUUAAACUGACAUCUUUCUAAUAUGUACGUUUAAGGAUGGUAAAAUCAUUUGUGCGACAGCAGCCGGAACGCCCGACUAUAUCAGUCCAGAGGUCUUGAAUUCUCAGUGUUCGGAAACCGUGUACGGUAAGGAAGUCGAUUACUGGUCGGUUGGGAUCAUUCUUUAUGAAAUGUUGGCUGGAGAAGCUCCCUUCUACGCCGAUUCCUUGAUGAGAACGUAUCAGAGGAUUCAGAACUACGAAACAGAGUUGUCAUAUCCAGAUGACAUUAGCCCAUCUAUUAGUGACACAACCAAGGACAUUAUUCGCAAGUUCUUGUCUGGGGCUGACGUGAGGUUGGGAAGGAAUGGAGCAGAAGAGGUCAAGGCUCAUCCGUUCUUCCAAAAUCCUCAAUGGACCUUUGACAACAUUAAUAAUGGUAAGUUUUUGCAGAAAUGACAUUGGCAUCAUACGGUUAUGUAUUGAAUAGAAUUAUUUUUUAACUUUUACUUUAGCCAAACCUCCAUUCGUUCCAACACUAGAAGGUGAUGAAGAUACCUCCAACUUUGAGGACGUAUCACCUCGAGAACAAACUCAAGCAGACAAUUUCCAACUUCCAAAGGCUUUCAACGGCAACCAGCUCCCCUUUAUUGGCUUUACAUAUUCCAACGAUCUGAGUCCGGCUUUGGCCAUUCAGCAGAUGAUCAUGAACAGCGAAUCUGAUUGUAAAGAGAACGGAGUUCCAGACGGAAAAGAUACUGUAGGAACCGAAAAACAGAAAGACAUUGAGAAGAAGCUGAAACAGGCAGAAGUCCGGAUUCAAGAGCAACAGAAAGAUCUCGAUGAGAAGACAAACGAAUGGGCGGCCAAAAUGCGAGAUUGGGUAUGAUAAUAUUUAUCAUUGUAACUUGUUACUGUGCGUUUAUGUUCUUUUACUAUAAUAUUGUUGCUUCAGAGUCAAACUCAAAGUCGACAGGAAAAGGAGAAGCGAGAACAAACUACAAAGUUGGCUAAGACCGAGACUAAGUUGGCAGAGUUACAGAGGAAGCUCGACGAGGUUACAGGGGAACUACGCACAGAGCGACAAGAUGGGGUAAGCUUUAUGAUAGUAAUUGUAGCAGACUAGUGUUUCUGUUAUUUUUAUAAAUGGAUUAUUCGUUUUUAAACAAAUGCUGUUUUUAUGAAUUGGUAGUACAUGGUAAUAUGGGAAUCUUCAAAUUUGUUUUUGUUCAGGUAUCAGCAAGAGACCACUAUGAGGAAGAAAGGAAAUCUUUGGAGCUACUGAUGAAGCAGAAGGACGCUCAGCUCGGAGAGUUGAAGAAGAAAUUGGACGAACAGAUCAAUUUGUUGACAGCUGAACGACAGGAACAGGUAAGUUAGAAUUGAUGACUUUAGUUGUUGUCUUAUACCACAACAUCCUUCAAACAAUUAUUAGAAAAACAAACGUGAUCUUACAGUAUGUCUACGCAAAUACUUAAAAAUACUGAUAGGUCAUCUCUAAAUUUCUAGGCAGAAACAUUACGACGAGAACAGAUUGGAUCUCAAAAUGGUCUAGAAGCCAAGAUUUCGAAGCUAGCCGAACAAUUGGAACUCCAACGACAAGCGGAAGAACGAAGCCGAUCCGAAGUGUGGGCUCUAAGAGAAGAAAAGCAAGGUCUGGAGAACAACAUGCAAGCUCUGGUUAGGGAGAAGAACAGAUUAGAAGGACGGUUGAGCACGUUGAAAGAAGAAUACAACAGCGAGCAACAGGUCUGCAACAUGUACAAGGCUGAACUCGACCAGGCCAAGACAGAGAUCUCCGACAAAAUCAGGCAGUUGUCCAAUAUCAACAGCAAUUUGUGGGUUUUUUAAACUAUUAUAUGCUUUUAAAUUCGGAGAUGUAGACACUUCAAAUUAUAUUGUACUUUACGUUAUAUUUUAGGUCUUCAAUCCAAGUUAUCCAAGAAAAGUUCCACAACGAACACAUUGCCAGGAAAAUAGCUGAACAAUCUUUGGACGAAUCAGAGAAAGAAAAGUACAUGUUACAACAAGAGUUGAACCAAUGUGUGUCUCGGCAUGGAAAGGAGAUCGAAGCAAAGGGCUCUAAGAUUAAAGAGGUACUGUUUGAAUAUAUGUUAUGUUGGUCUUCCUUUUUUGUUUUUUUCUUGAUUUCAAUGUUGAAUAUUUUUAAAAAUCAUUAUUUUUUUAAGAAUAAAAAAAUGAAAUUUCAGUACGAACAACGAGAACAAGAGCUGCAAGACCACAUCAAGAAGCUAAUGGACGAGAACAACCGCCUUAAACAUUCCCAACGUUCCGUGUCCGGCCCUAUCCAUCAUCAUUCCGAACGUUCCACCGACACCUUGUCUAACAAUUCUGGAUCUCAAGCAUCGUUGGCGAGUCGCGACUUACUUGAGAAUAUGUCACGAGAAGAAUUGAUUGCCAAGUGUCGAAGAGAAGUACAAAUGAAGGAAAAUGUUAUAUCCAAGCUCUACUCAGUCGGCCAAAUGAAGGGAAUCGCCGAAGGACCACAGACAUCGUCGUCCAAGGCAAGGAAACAGAAGAUCGAGAUCAAGAGGUUGGAGGAGAUCAUGGAGCAGAAGCAUCGGGACGAGAUCGCCAACUACAAGAAAACGAUACAAGAGAUCAGCAACCACAAUCACUACUUGAACGAGCAGUUGUACGAGGAACAGUCCAAGAAGGAACAGUUGCAGCUGCAGCUCAACGAACGGAAUGUAAGAAAGUUACUCAAAACUUGAGAACAACUUUGCUAUCCUUUUAAUCAAUUUUGUGAAACAACUGUUGUAGAAUGUUAAGUUAUACGUUAUUUUUCAGGCGGCCCUUGGCAACGAUGGAAAUGGCCGUCGCGUCCUCCAGUCCCUUCGGAACAUAUUCGACUAG